UCCUAGUUUUCAUCACUCUCUUCUCUUCUCUUCUCCUCUCUCUCAUCGCCGAUUUGUGAUUCACGCGAGAAACGAGAGAGGGAGUGGCGAUCGCAACCGCAACCGCCGGCGCUGACGGAAGUCAUACACAGAGCUGAUCCGUCAGGUUACGGAUCCAUUCUCUCUUGGCGUUUUAGAUCUCUUCCGAGUUGAUCAAUCUCUCAUACAACCCUCUUUUCAGGGAUUUCGAAUUCUUCUAUAGUUUUGAUUGUCUUUUAACUAGCUUUGGAUCCCAAAUUUGGAAACUUUUUAUUGAAUCUGAAUCUGAAUCUGAAUCAUCUCUGUUAAUAACAAACAGGUCGUUACUAUAUUUGGUGGUCCUCGGGUUGAGCAGGAAGGUGGACACUGUCAGCAAAUGGAAUACGCCUAGAUGAGCAGAAGAGCAGCUAAUGUUACUGGCAGUCGAAGGAGGAAACUCGGUUCUUCUCUCCAUGAGAGUUGUCCCCCUUGAAUCUACCAGCUGCGGCUUGUUGUUGUUGACAAAGAUCACCCCUUUUCUUCAGCUGGAUUCCACCAAGAACCGAGUUUCCCGCGGUUGCGCUUCCUUUUCUUGUUUUUCUUGUGGUGGCGUUUCCGCGGGACUCGGACUCGAUACCACCACCCCAUGUCCUCUUAAAGUAGAACCUGUGAAGCAGCCCGUUGUAUCGACUUCACCACCAGAGUCUGUUGCUGUUCCUGAAAAUGGCAAAGACCACCACGACGCAAAUAAAGCUGUUGAUGAUGACAACGCCACCAGCAAAGAAGCUUUCAAACUCUCGUUGAGGAGCAGCUUGAAGAGGCCGCCCUCUGUUGCGGAGCCACGCUCUCUUGAGGAUAUUAAAGAACACGAGCCGUUGAGCGUCGACGAUGCGAGCGACCUCACCGGUGGAGACGAUACGGGAAGGCGGAAAGUGCAGUGGCCAGAUGCUUGUGGUAGUGAGCUCACUCAAGUUAGAGAAUUUGAGCCCAGUGAGAUGGGAUUGUCAGAUGAAGAAUGGGAGACGGGAGAACAAAGGACAUGCUCAUGUGUAAUCAUGUAGAUCAAGAAAUCAUCGGUUAUCAUUCGUUGUACUCUUUGUGUGUAUCUCUCUCACAGUUUUCAUUCAAACAUUGUGUAUUUAGUAUAUGUUAUUACCAGAAAAAGAAAAAAAAAAAGGGUCUCAUCAAGGUUUUGUUGGCUUUGUACAUUUUCCCCAUGUUUUUGACUGGCAAACUACUUAUUCACAGUUUA